AUGGGCCAUGCCACUGCAAUAGAAUGCACUCGGUGUGUGACCCGAGAGAUACUGGACAAUAUGUUGGGUUUCAUCGCAUAUCCAGACGCAGAGCGGAUGCCACAGACCAUUGCCAAAUUCGCUCGGGAAGGUUGCACAAACUGCAUUGGUGCCAUUGAAUGCACACACUGCUUCAUCGAGAAACCAGACAAUGAGAGGGCCACGGACUUCUACGACCGGAGUGGCCGGUAUAGCAUUGUGGCACAGUGUGUAGCCGACAUGGAUUUAAGUAUCCUCAACUUUAAUGUCGGAUGGGUCGGGAAUGUCCAUGACAUUAGAGUGCUUCCAAGGUCACAGCUCUACACUCGGGCGACAUUUGAAGGGUUCUUCUCCAACACGGCAGUGCGAUUGGACAACGGGGCAAGGGUAAACCAGUACCUCAUAGGUGAUGCUGGGUACCCUAACCUAUCCUCGCUGCUGCAACCAUUUCGAGGGCAACCGCAAGGGGACCGUUUGCGGUUCAAUGACACACAUGAAUCUGUGUGGAAGUGUGUAGAGCUCAGUUUUGGCCGGCUAAAGGGUAUGUGGCGAGUGUUGUACAAGCGCCAAAAGGGUGACAUCGAUCUCAUCCCCGACCAGAUCAYGGCAAUUGCAGUGCUACACAACUUCUGCGUUGAUGGUAAUGUGUACUUCAAUGUGGACCGCUUCAUGCGCAUACAUCGUAAUUUGUGUGUGUGGAAUCAACAGCCGCGAGAUGGUGAAGACACCGACAUAAAUGACCAAAGCAGAGACGAUGCUAGAGAAGCUAUUGUAGGCCACUUGGCGGCGAGAGCAGCCAGGCGCCAAUAGGCUUAGAUGCUCGUAGACAAAUAAUAAGUUUCGUUCGCAUCUGUUCCAUCG